CAGAUAUAUGAAGAAUUGAUAAUUUGCAAAUUGAUUGUUGUCAGCGAGUGCACUGUGUGUGUGGUUCGGUUUGUUUUGGUGGCGUUUUACUUGUCGCGGUCCGUGCCGAAGUUGUCAUUUAUAUAACGUGCUAGUGAAAGGUAUAUAGCUUCGUCCUAAUCUUUUCAAGCGCUGACAAUUUGGUCACCAAAAAACGCGGCGUCACAGAAGUAAUAAAUCUCUUUGAAAGGACAGAAUGGCCCAACCAAACCGAAGUAUUGUCUCUAAAUUGUUUAACCAAUUGAAGAGCAGAGAGUUCCGUAGUUAUUUGAUGAGCACACACUUUUGGGGUCCAGUAGCAAAUUGGGGUAUACCACUGGCAGCAAUCGCAGAUUUUAAAAAGGAACCAAAAUUCAUUUCUGGCAAAAUGACAUUGGCUCUUACACUCUACUCUUGCGUGUUCAUGCGCUUCGCAUGGAAGGUGCAACCCAGGAAUAUGUUGCUUUUCGCUUGCCAUCUUACAAACGCCACUGCCCAAACAGUACAAGGAAUACGUUUCGUUAAUUACGAAUUUCUCGAUAAAAAGAAUGUAGCGCAAGGCUAAAAACGACUAUGAAAACAACCAACGACUGGUGCUUGUUGCAUGAGCCGCUCUGAUUUGAAACUCAUAGUUUUACUUAGUAACAAAUGUACAAAAAUUAGCGAAAAUUGCACAAAAUAAUAAAAGGGGUUGAAGAAAGAAUGCGGCUCAUGUACAUUACUCAUGAAAUAAUAUCGUAAACGAAACUUGCACAUUUUUUCAUCGUGACAUAAGUGUUCGUGUAAAUAAUUUAUAUUUAAUAAGUUGUUUGUAAAUAAAUUGGCAUGCUGAUUGGGGCAUGUUUAUCAAAAAGACCUUAUUAACACAAUCAAUUUGCAAUAUACGCCAAAAAAGCAC